UGGAGCUGCUCUCCUAAGCAUGAAGGGGAUCAUGCUUUUCUCCCUCUGCUUACUGAUGCACCUGCUUCAGGGUGAGGUAACUACAAUUUUAGUUUUGGAAAACCGAGACCUACAAGAUUUGAUUAAGCCGCAGAAGGUAGAGUUUCGUUCAUUAAACUUCAACAGCACUUUACAUUGGCAACCUGGGAGGGCCAGAGAGGCAAGAGACACAGUCUACUUUGUGCAGUAUAAAGUGUAUGGGCAGAGUACAUGGCAAAACAAAGAUGACUGCUGGGGGAUUCAAAACCAUGUCUGUGACCUAACGAAUGAGACCUUUGACAUCCAAGAGCCUUACUACGGCAGAGUGAAAGCCGCAUCAGCUGGUGUCUAUUCCGACUGGAGCCUCAGCUGCAGAUUCACUCCCUGGCGAGAAACUAUGAUAGGACCUCCAACAAUAACUGUGGUUCAUAGCAACAAAUCCAUAAUGCUAAAGCUCCAGGCUCCACGUUCUCCUUAUAAAAGGAAGAGGGGCAGCAAGAUACCAAUGACGAAUUAUUAUGAUCUGCUAUAUCAAGUCUUCAUAAUUAACAAUUUGCUAGACGAGCAACACAGAGUCCUGGUGUAUGAAGGAAAAGACAAGGUUAUUACAAUAGAAGAUUUGAGGCCCGGAGUCAGCUACUGCAUUGUGGCUAAAACAUACAUGCCAAUGCUGGACCGCAGCAGUGCCUACAGCAACCGGCAAUGCACUGUGCUGCAGUGACAGCGCUGACAGGUAAGUCACCGGCUGACACUGG